CCAGGCAGCCAAGCGUCCUCGUGGGCGGGCAGGCGGCGAGGGCGGCGGCAGCGCAGGAGGGAGCCCAGCGGGCAGCCAGAGAACAGGCAGGGCGGCUCCGCUUCACAUACAGAGUGCCGUGGGCCCCCGGAGCAGGUGUCAUCACUGAAUCCCCUGGAAUCUUCCCACAUGCACCAUGAACAUCUCUCACUUCCUGUCCAUGCUGCUCCCAGGAACCUUGCAAGGUCAAAACAGGAGCCUGCCAGAGGGCAUCGUGUACAACUUCUCUGAUCACUGCCAGGAUUCUGCAGACCCGAUGGUCUUCAUUGUUACCACCUAUAGCAUCGAGACCAUUGUGGGGGUCCUGGGCAACCUCUGCCUCAUAUGUGUGACCAUUAGGCACAAGGAGAAGGCCAAUGUGACCAACCUGCUCAUCGCCAACCUGGCCUUCUCUGACUUCCUCAUGUGCCUCAUCUGCCAGCCGCUCACAGCCAUCUACACCAUCAUGGACUACUGGGUCUUUGGCGAGGCCCUUUGCAAGAUGUCGGCCUUCAUCCAGUGUAUGUCAGUGACAGUCUCUAUCCUCUCACUUGUCCUUGUCGCCUUGGAGAGGCAUCAGCUCAUCAUCCACCCAACAGGCUGGAAGCCCAGCAUCUCCCAGGCCUACCUUGGGAUUGCGGUCAUCUGGCUCAUUGCCUGUUUCCUCUCCCUGCCCUUCCUGGCCAACAGCGUCCUGGAGAAUGUCUUCCACAAGAACCAUUCCAAGGCUCUGGAAUUCCUGGCAGAUAAGGUGGUCUGUACCGAGUCCUGGCCGCUGGACCACCACCGUGUUAUCUAUACCACCUUGCUGCUGCUCUUCCAGUACUGCAUCCCACUGGCCUUCAUCUUGGUCUGCUAUGUACGCAUCUACCGGCGCCUACGGAAGCAGGGGCAGCUGUUCCGCAAGGGCACCUACAGCGCGCAGGCUCACCAGAUGAGGCGGAUCAACGGCAUCCUUGUGGCCAUGGUGGCUGCCUUUGCCCUGCUCUGGCUGCCCCUGCAUGUGUUCAACAGCCUGGAGGACUGGUACCACGAGGCCAUUCCUGUUUGUCACGGCAACCUCAUCUUCUUGCUGUGCCACCUGCUCGCCAUGGCCUCCACCUGUAUCAACCCUUUCAUCUAUGGUUUUCUUAACACCAACUUUAAGAAGGAAGUCAAGGCCCUGGUGCUGACUUGCCAGCAGAGCACCCCCGUGGAGGAGGAUGAACAUCUGCCCCUGUCCACAGUGCACACGGAAAUCUCCAAAGGAUCCCUGAAACUCAGUAGCAGGUCCCACCCCAUUUAGCCAGGUCCAGGGCUUUUCCCUACCCUGCCCAUCGCCAGGCUCUUUCACUUAGCUAAGUGGGCACGGGGCAAGCUGAGGGUGGCACUCCAUCAUUACUGGCUUUCUAGGGUCCAGAUAGGCAGGCAAGAGCUCGUUUCCACAUCUAUUUGCAAUGUGAAGCUUGACAUUCAGACGGUUCAGCUAUUUGUUUCUGGGGGGAUUCUGAGUCUGGAUUUUGCGGGUCACAGUAUACCUCAGAGCUUGAGCAGAUGCCAGAGCCGGAGAUAGUCUGCUAGUAGCAGGCAGGGUUCAUUCUGGUAACUCAGCAACAGAUGCCUAGCCUGCAACCCCAGGGGUUUUACCUCUACCAAUGAGGCUGCAAGGUCACUGUGAGGUGAGGGAAGGAGCACGUGGAGUCAGAGCUUUGGACCUCGGUCAGCCCCUCACUUCUGUGAGAGAUGAUGUUUGAGGAUGGACUUCGUAAGUGAUAACAAAUUCUGUGGAGGCAAGACAGUGGAAUUUCUGUUCUCUGCUUAGCACAUCCAGCUGCGGAGAAUGGAUCCCGGUGGCUUUGGGUCCUCACACUCCUCUGCAGUAGGAAAAUCAGCCCUGAGCAGCAGGAAUUCCAGGAUUCACAUCCUACUCCAUCCCUUUUUUCUUUCACUGCGUUUGCCACCUUGUGUGGAAAUACGCCUGCAAGUGUUUGCUACUGAGGGUGACAUAUGUAUUGUCAUAGAGCUUGUGUCCUCUUUGCCUCAGACAGAAAGCUUUGCCACGGUAGGCUGUGGGAAAGGUGCUCCUGCUGAGUGCAUAGCCAAGGGCAGGUGCCCCGUGCCAGCUCCAGGAUGGGAAGGGCUCAGGCUGCUGCAGCCACACUGCAUCGCUUGCUCUUCCUUGCCUCCCCGGACCUCUCCUAAUAAGGUAGCUGGCUAGGGACUCUGUGACUCUUCCCAGUCUCAACCCACUGCCAAAGCCUACAGUACAGGCUGUGACCCCAGCCUCCUUCAUUCUACACUCUGACCACUGAACUCACUUUCCCUAGGGGACAUGCCAUGAUUCUUCCAAAGCUUCUACAUGACUUUGGGCCCCCCAAUAGCCUUCAGUAGUGGCAGGGGCAGGGAAUUGUUGGAGUUUAGAUUAAUGCGGCACUGGCUGGAAGGAGCAGGGGUCCCCCUUCCUCCAGUCAGCCAGGGAAAAUGGAGAAAAGGCUACAAUGUGUGUGACUAUCUCACCGUGGAGGUCAUAGCCCAGUCUUCUGGAUGCUGAGCCAGAUCCAAGGCUUCAUCUGUGUGUAGACAAGACAGCUUGUCCUUGCAGGGAAGGAAAUGUCAAGACUGCUCACCUUGGAUUGGCUGUCCAGGCCUGGCUCUGCCUACUCAGACUCACACAACCUCCAGCAGAGUGGACCCACCAGUACUUCCCCAGGCAGGGUAUUCAGGUGUCCAGGACCCUGGAGGGGCCUCGCUGUGAGGUUCGUGGGCCUGGCUUUACACGGGGGAUCUGGCAAAAGGCCAGGCAGCAGGAGAGUCAAUAGCCAUGUCUGAUUGUCACUCUGGCCUGGCCCCUGACCAAGAAUUUGUGUAGCCGACACCCAAGACAAGUGUUCUUUGAGCCACCAGCUCCCUUCCUGGAGUUAUUUGUUUUGUUCCAUGUUUUGGUCACAUCUCUCAUUCUGUUACUUUGAGUCACUUUCUUGGAUGCAGCUUGUGCUUAUCUUGGUGCCAUCUGCUGCUGGCUGAUUCAGGUAACCACCUUCCAGCAAAGCUCAGGCCCUGGGAUCCUUUCCAGCAAGAUGUCAUUCACCAAGCUCCCCAAGGAAUUGGGGGCUUCAGGCCCCUCCAGAUCCCAUGCAAUUGCCUAGAGUUUGCUUCACAUCACUCCUUUUAGUGGUGUCAAGACGCUUGAGGACAAGCAUACUUUAGGGUGCUGGCAAGCUUGAGGAACAGGGGACCAGGCUGUUCAUCUGGUGAAGGAGCUGGCAUUAGGGGUAGUGGGUGGGACCCUCCCUGAGCAUCUUCUGUGCUCCCCUCACAUUGCUAAGGUUGACACAGCCUGCCUGGGUGGCUGUCUCUUGUUCCUGGUUCCUAAUGAUCCUUGGGAUUGCCUAGUUCCCAGCACCCUGGGAACUUGCCACUCAAAGUGUCAUCAGAAGACCAGAAGCUUCAGCAUCACCUGGAGCUUGUUAGACAUGCAGAAUCUCUGUUCCCACCCCAGAAUGUUUCAAUUGGAAUUCGCAUUUUAUCAAGAUCUCCAAGUUAAUGGUGUACACAUUCAAGUUUGAGAAGCUCUGCUCUAGGAAACAGAUUACCCUGGAGCUUGGAGCUACUUGUUGAGCGCCUGUAGACACCCACUGUGGGAUCUGGAGGGGACCUUUUGGAAUCCUAGUUCCUAAGGCUUUAAAUUGGUAUUGCUGAAAAGGUGGAUUCAGUUUUGGUUGUUUGUCUAUUCUCUGGCCAUAUGAGGACAUAUUUCUUCU